AUGAGUCUUAAAGAGAAGGAUGUAAAAAAGUUGGUCACGCUGGACCUUCUUCAGAUGGUGAGUCUGGUGCCAUGUGAGCAGGAUCUGGUGGUGGAAAGUACCACCGGGGAGAACGACACGCCUGGUCAGUCUAACGAGGGCACAGAGCAAAUGACUGAUCGGCAUUCUCUUGGGCCUUCUCCGCUUUCCCGUAGACCUGGCGACUUAGUCAUUAGAGAGCCUGAUCCUCAGCGUAGAUCUACUAUUCCCGCUCAACCUGGGAAAGGAAAAGCUAUCCAGGUUGAAGGGGAACUUAGCUCAUCCUCGGACGACGAGGAUGAGUUCCUUGAUCAGAUCUUCAACGCAGAUUCAGACAUGUUCAGAGAUUGCGUUGCUUCAAAGAGGAAAACUGGUGAUGGAAGUGGCUCUAUGCCUCCACAGAAGAUUCAGAAGGUAGUACCGCCAAGUCAAGGGAGGCAACCUGGGGGACCGACUACACUUCCGCCAUUGACCCCCUCUUCCCUUCCUCCUUCUGCGAGCCUAACUCCUACUCACCAGGGUAGUUCGAGUGAGCUUUUUCGUGCUGUUAGCGACCUGGGCAAGGGGCUUCUUGAGGAUAUUGGCCGUGAUGCAUCGACGCUUCAAAGCCUAGACUCCUACCCUCGACUUAGUGUCGAAGUUGUCUUGAAGAGAGGACUCGCUCAAUUGAUGAAGUCACUUGUCACCAUUGGUCAUGCUCAGCUUCGAGCCGUAGAUUACAAGGAGCUGAUCAAGGUGCAGGAUGAUCAACUGCCUCUUAAUCUUGAUUAUUUCCCCAAGGAGGCCCAAGCAGAGGAUCUUGCCAGAUGUGAAGCAAGAGCCGCUGAAGAAGCUGCCAACCCUCCUGCACUCGCCCCAACCUGCUCUGCUAUAUCAUUUCGAGCGAGAGGAGCAGCUGAUGCAGAGGAGGGAGUCGAUCAACCCUCUAGAGGAGCUCGCCUGUGA